AUCAGCCAAACAGUCAGCCAGCCAGCCAGAAGCCAUUAUGUUCUCCAUGUGCUCCAAAGUCAAGCCCCGAAAUUCUAUAAAUUCACAACUACAGCAACAACAUCCGCAGCAGCAGCCAACGGGUAAUGUUGGUAAACAAAUCAAAGGAGGAUAUUUGUUACGUUAUAAAAAACAACUUCUUUGGAAUCGCUGGGCGGAAGAGUGGGUUGUUCUGUACGAUGACUCGACCAUGGCUUGGUUUACAGAACCGGGACGUUCAUCACCGGCCGGAAAAAUUCUUGUCAAAGAAGCACCCGAAAUGUUGGCCAUAGCACAUUGGACUGGCCAGAUACCAAGGAGGCCACCACUACCCGAAGGUUGUAGCGUUUCACAGCUGAUAGCCUUGGGUUCAAGAAGAAAACGAUCCAAGGUCUAUUGGAUGUUGGCCAAAUCCGAACAGGAAGUUAGUGAAUGGAUCGAUGCCAUUACAAAAACAUUGCCACCUCCUCCCCAGAUCGAAUUGGUCGUCGAUAAACCCCAUUUAAUGAAUGUCUUACGCAGACCACUGGUACGCAUACGACCUGCCACUUCAAGUGAAGUCAAACAACGCAAAGCAUUAUCGAACAGCAAAUCACGCUCUUUGGCAACGCAACGGGCAUUCUACAAUCAGAAUCCUUUGGUGAAAAGUGAUGCGGCUGUGGCCAUUUUAAGUAAAAACCCCGAUUCAAAAGCUGCUCUAGCUUGCGCACUGCCCUGGGGCCAUGGUUGGGGAUGGGCGACUCUGCCCAAUGGCGUGUGGAGUGGAGGCCUAACAUGGUCUCAGUGCGAGGAUACAUUCACUUUGCAUGCACUGCCAACAACACACUGCACCAAUUUGAUCGAUACCUCUUGCAGUGGCGCCGUCUAUCACACCGACAUUGGAGGUUUCGAUUUUCAUUCCUCGACAGUGGAAGAUUUGGGAGGGGAAGAUUUCGACUACGCCAUGGAUUGUGGCGAUUUUAUAUUUUAAGAAGCCACACAAAGCUCAAGGACCC